UCUACCGUCUACCCCGCUUUCAGGUAACUUCCCAUCACCUGCCGAUUACCAUGGACAUACGUAUACAUAUACACCUUUAAUCUAAAUUUAUACGUCGCGCGCGACUUAAAGACAUGUUAUGCCGAGGAGCAUAAAGGUUUACCUUUAUCUUCGAGCUGGUGUAACGCUGUAUGUUGUCCGAUUAUCUCAAUACAUCAGUGUCAGUAGAAUGAGGAACGACUGUUGUGCAGGAACUAGUAAACUGGAGGCUGGCCUCUUUCCACAAAUUGAUGUUCGGAACAAUUCUAGUAUCAACUCCAUCAAUUGUAUUUCGUUAAGCUAUUGGAUAGACAUCAUAAACACCAUCAACAAUAAAUAGUUGUUAUUCAAGUGUUACCAUGAUAGACUGGGUAUCGCUUCCCUUGGAACCGCUCGAGGCGAUCUUCCGACAGCUCAACUACAAGGACCGACUGAGCUGUGCUCUGGUGUGCCACAAAUGGAACCAAGCCCUAUUCGAGUGUCCUUCGCUGGCCCAUAGUAUUGUAUUCUCGAUCGAUACAGCCCGCACAGAACAAUUGCAGCCUAUCAUAGCGCGGAGUGACCGCAAUUAUAGACAGUUGGCAAUCGGAUUACGUGGGCCAUGGACUGAGGACCUUGUUGAGUGCCUGGAUCAGGCUGUCCAAAGGUGGAAUAUCCGAUUUGUAUCCCUAGUGGGAGAACCGGACAAAGUGCGUAGUUGCCUUAUUUCCAAAUCAUCGUUCUUCAGUUCCCUGACAGAACUGAAUCUUGAGUUUACGUUAACGCGUACUUGGCCUGCUAUCGACAUUCUAGAGGUUGAGUUGAGCCAGUUGAAAAAAAUGCACUAUCUACAGGUCUACACUGGGGCAAGACAAACAUUCACUCUGUUUCGAUUUAUUCUUCCGAAGGCGGAAGAGAUAUCGCUUGUUUUGGAUUCUUUGGCUAACGAAGAAGCGAUGUAUUGGGAAGAUCCUUUGAUCGAACUGUUCGGAUGCGGUAACCUGAGAUCUCUGGAAAUUGAUUUAAAUGGCACCAUGUGGCAAAAGUUCUUCGCCAUAGACAAGCCAUAUAUGGAGCGAUUGGUGAUUCGGCGUGCGAUCGACGAGUAUCAGAACCGUGAUUGGAAUGUGGAAUUCUCUAAAAUGCCGAAUUUGCGACACGUGGAGUUUACGUUUUCCAAUAAUGAAAUGCUUGCCAGUUUGAACCGGAACUGCAAGAAAAUUGAGAAGCUCCACUUGAAUGGGUUUUGCUUGGAUGAUGGCAAUUUUGUCAGCAGUAUGCAGUUUCCUUUUCUAAGAAGUUUGCACAUGGACGGCUGGGCAAAUGGAUCCCUCUUUUCGAACGAGCUAUCUCUUCGUUUGGAUAAUCUGGAGGAACUCACCUGGAAAUACGUGGAGCUGGCUCCUAUUCAGGGCAUUUUUAAAAUCAUUACGCCCAACGUGAAACGCCUUACGCUAAGAGGCUGUGAAUACGCUCGUUUUGAGAUAGAUGUUGGCUAUCGUUUGACGUCGCUAGACAUGGAUUACUACGGAGUGCAAAUAGUGGCACCUAAUUUCCUAGAUCACUUGGUGCAUCUGAAUAACUUGACUCUUCAUAUUAGUGGUCGGUCCUGCAAGCUGGCCUCAAAGAUGCAUCACCUCCACAAUAUUAAACGGUUGGAAAUUGUGUGUUCCACCGAAAUCCACGGGUAUGAUUGCAAUACUUUGUUCGAAAGCGUAUGCCAGAAUUUGGUAUAUCUGGAGGAAUUUGUUCUUCGAAACGAGCACGAAAAUCAACUCAUCGUAGAUUACAAAAAGUAUAGCCAGCUGUCCCAGUUAUCUCAGCUGAAAAAGUUGACGUUGCAGUACAUUACGAUAGAGAAUGUUACUGGAGAAAUGACACUGAAGAAUGUUCCACAUUUCAACGUGUGGGGUUGUACUACGUCGGAAGGUCACAAUACUAGUCGUGCUAGAAUGUUGGAAAUGUGAGACGUCACGGUGGAGUCUUAUUGUAUUGGAACUGUCAUACGCUGGGUUCAAACUUCUCGAUCAAUCUUGAGUAACAAGCGAUAUUCGCUCCCGGAAAUUUUCAUCGGCAAAUCAGCAAUGAACGAAUGAUGCCCUGCCUUGCACAUCUGUCGAAUAUCUGCCAUAAACUGGAAAUCGAUUUGUGGUGGGAUGAUUAUUUGUUGUUCACUGCCAAAGCAGCGAAAGUUAUUUUUCUCACUUUCACCGUAUCCUUCCAAGUGGUCUACAAUGCGAACGAUAGGGCAUCGGCCGAUUUUCUAGGCAGGAUAUUGCUUUUCGGCACCACUGUUUUACGACUAAGAACUGCCGUUGUUACUCCACUGAUUUUUUUAUUGUGACAGAUGAAUUAGACAAAACCUGGCCAUACCUGAAAAUAUUUUAAUGAUAGGUUAAUAGAGACUUUUGUACUACUUAUUUAUACAUCACUAACUUAAAAACAAAGAUAUUAUCUCAAAAUAGUUUAAUAAGGCGAUAGUGUAUGUAAACUAAAUCAAAUUAGUUUUUAGAUUCAACAUAAAAAAGGAAUAAAGAUCUUAAACGGUCAA